AUGUACAAUUUUAACGCACUUUUCUGUUUUCUAGAAAUGUCAAUCUACCGAAAACCAGAAAGCGAUAACUUCGACAACUCCGUAGAUCCCGCAGAUGUGACUCGUGGCGAAUAUCGAAAAAUGGGUGUCUAUGAUUUCGUGCGAAGAGAUAUUGAGAGGUUUAUUGCACAUCCGGAGGAAGCUGUUGUUUCGCCAGAACUGUUGAAAUCAAAGGAUACGAAACCUCCGCCGGAAUUCGUUCGAAAUGUCUGGGGAUCUGCUGCUGGUGUUGGAAGCGGUGAUUUCCACAUAUACCGCGGUAUACGUAGGCGUGAGUACGCUCGCCUCGAAACGAUCGAAAAAACAGCAGAAGAGGAGCGAUUGAAUCGAGAAUAUCAGGAGAGACAGCGCGCUUUGGAUGAACUAGCGGCGGCUAAAACUGCGAAAAAGCGCCUGAAACGCCAGAAGAAGAAAUUAAAACGUGUUAAAGGUGAUGUAGACUCGAAGACCGGAGUCGAAGUCAAUCACGAUCCCGAGUGAUGCCUUAUUGCAUUGUACCAAAGAACGUUACCACACAUCAAUUGUACAAAUUUCCUUAUUUUACAUCUAUUAUUUCCCAGCCCACAUUUUUGUCACCGUCUUCUUGCCAACCCAAAACCGUUAUUAUCUGGGGAUGGGAUUCCAUGCACAGCGCUUCAUUAGUAGUGAACCGAAAGCAUAAGUUUGCGGCGCAACACUUCUGAGUGUAGCAGCCUUUCUUGAUUACCCACCGUAUUCAUUCCAGGUGAUUGUCGUUGAAGACGAAUGCAGCUGUAGCACUAACUUGUUAUUUUCGUACAUUUAAAAUGUGAUUUGCAGCAAUUACUUUAACACCUGUCGCACCAUAGUAC